AUGGGGGACAAUGCGCGCGCUCGAGCGUCGUCUUCGGGCGGCAAGGCGCAGGCCGCGGCCGCCCCGCCCGCCGACCAGCGCACACCGGUAGAUGCGCCUGCGUCUUGCGCGUCGACGGAGGCGCGCACCGACUUCAACGAGUCUCUACAAGCGUCAGAAGAGGCCGCGACCGCCGACGCGUCCGACUCCGCGGCGCUGCAGCGACCACCGCGGCCUGACAAGGCGCGCAAGCCGUCGGCCACUCCGCCCACUAGCAGCGCGGCCAAGCGGCGCAAGAACGGCGGCAACACGCCGCUGCAGACGCCGCCCGAGGUGCCUGCGCCGGAGCCCGAGCGGCCGCUGCUGUCCGAGUCGCAGUGGGAGCGGGAGAUCGCGGGCUUCGGCACGGUGCUCAACGACGUGCUGCACUGCGUGACCAACCGCGACCUCGUGACCAAGACGGCCGAGUACAUGGCCACGUUCCCGCAGCACGCGCUGCGCUUCCAGAUCAAGAUGAAGCAGCGAGCGUACGCGGAGGGAGCGCGCGGGUUCCAGGCCAAGUUGAUGCUGUUCUACGUGCUGCACGAGUUCCUCAAGUCCUUCGAGGGGGAGCGACUUCAGCAGGUGCAGCGCGAGUGGUUCCAGACCGUGGACGAAGUGCUCAAUGCCUGCGCGCGGGAGAUUCGCUACGGCGACAAGCGCAACUCCGAGGAGAACCGGAAGCGCGUGUUCAAGACCCUUGCUCGUUGGGAAGAACUGAAGCUAUAUCCGAGGAAGAUCAAGGCCUGGAAGGGCCUCGUCAUGGGAGAGUGCAAACCUCGUAGAGCCCCGGUACCGUUGCCACGCGGCGAGACGGAACGACAAGCUGAAGCUCCUGACCAGCUUCAACAGUUCCAGUUACCGCCGCCUAGCACGCCUCAGCUGCAGCUGGACCGAUCCAACUGCCCACUGGUUUUCGAACGCCGGAACUUUGACAGCAAACCAGAGGAAAAGCAGCACUGGCGCUACACGGCGAUCGCCUUCAUCGACAUCUUGUCGCGGUGUCUCGGUUUGAGCAGCGAUAUCGCGCUCACGGCGUGCAUCUUCUUCCAUCGCGUGUUUGACCGCGGUAUUUACGCGCGGGAGCGGUACAAGUUCGCAGCAGCCUGCCUCUUUCUGUCGGCGAAGGCGUCCAGCAAGCGCAUGAAACUCUUGCGCAUGGUGCGCGUUAUGUACGACAUCUUGGAGGCACCACUGUUUGCUGGUGACGAGGAGUUGCUCGAGAUCGAGCGCCUGCAACUGCUGUAUUACGAGAUGGAGGUCUUGCAAGGCAUUAACUUCGAGCUCACCACGGAGAUGCCUUUCUAUUACUUGCGUCGCGUGCUGGAAAAGAUGCCGGAAAAGUUUCGUGACGCCAUCAACGACGACGCGCAGACUGUCCUCGAAGAAUUGUUCUUUCUGCCAGUGUGCGUGGAUAUCUCUCCGCAGCUACUCGGAGAAGCAGCUGCCUACAUUGCAACUUGGAAUAAGGGCAAAGAUUUCAAGUUUAAGUGGUGCAGCCCCAGUCCUGAGGGCAAAGUCUUCAACGAGCGAACAGCGAGUACGGAUCCAUAUAGAUCGCUACAGCGCUGGAAAAAAAGCCAACAAGCGGAAUUUGACGCCUUGGCUAAGCCAUCAAGCUCAUUUGAAGGUGAUGAGGCGGCUAAGCUAAAGGAGGCUUUCAAGCCGCAGGUUGGCGGUCUCCGUCUGGAUCCGUCGGGUAUUCGGAACGAAGCUGAAUUCACGAAGAAGACGGAAGAGGACUCCAAGGAGUGGGCUAAAACUGCUAAAACCAGCGGUGGUGGCUAUCGAUCAAAUGGACAAAAAUCCUCUCGGCGCGACGACCGAAGCUCUGCUUCUACUUCGUCACGAAGGUUCCGAGAUGACGAACCGCGGAUUAAGCAGGAGAUCCGGCGGGAUGUCAGGUACAGUUCUCGCGACAAAUACUCGAGCUACGACAGAGAUGACCGCGGCUACGACAAGGACGACCGGGGCUACGACCGACGCGACAGCCGAGACCUGGACUACAGGCGCGAUCCCUCGUAUUUCGACCGUCGUGAGCGCAAAUCUGGUGGAAAUGGUCAUCGUGAUCGAGACAGCCGCAGCAAUAGCCGCAGCAGGAGCCGGUCUCGCAGCUCACGGCCGUCCUCAAGGAGCAGCAGAAAGCGCAAACGAAACUACAGCAGCCGAGGCCGCUCGGACAGCCGCAGCCGCAGCUCUAGCCGAAGUCAUAGCCGAGAUCGCAGCCAGCACUACUACCGAAGCGAAGACCCCUCCCCGUCGACGUCGUCAAGAAGCGCGCGGACGAGCAAAGGAAGCAAGUACGACUCGGGUCGCUCUGGCCGGAGGGAUGCAGAGCGCCCGCGCGUCAAGCAAGAACGCAGCGCGGCCUAG